GAACAAAAUUGCUUAAGUUCGAUGUUUUGUUAUUAUUUCUUUUUUAUAAUUUGAUUUUUAUUUUAGAUUUCAUUUUAUAUACAAUAUGUUAAUAUUAUAUGUUUUGUGUAAUAUUUUGUGGAUUCCGUAUGUAUUCGGAAAUAGCAUAACUUCGGAGGCCCCUAGAGACAAAUCAAUUAAAAGUGUCUUGCAAGAAUCUCAUUACGAAGAUUACAACAAAACAAAUUUAAAUUUAGUAAGUGAAGGUGGAUCUUUAUUACCAAAUGCAGUUGUUGAUAUCGUACAUUUGCCGAAAGAUAAACACAACAUUCUUUUGAGUUUGGAUAAUGAAAUAGGUAAAAAUAAAGAAAAAUCUGUGGUAGCGCGAAAGGGAGUAGUGUACAGUUCUAUAGAAGAUACACAGGUACCUGCGAAUGGUACGAAAAUGGAUAAAAAUAAUGUCACUGGCCAUAAAGAGCUUGAUAUUUUAAAAGAUAUUAUUAAACCUAAGAAAAUCACUGCACCCCUGGUGACAAGUCAGAAAAUUGAAAACAACAGUGUUCCCAAAGAUGGCUCUAACGAGAAAAAUAAGACUGAAACUCCUAAAAAACCACUGGUAUUAUCUAAUGAAGCAUUGGAUCAAAUAACUUUAACAGAUUUCGAAACAUCUUAUCCAAAAGAUGGGCAUACAACUAAAGUACCAAGGAAUCCAAACAGCCAUCCUGGUAUGAUCAUGCCAAUUGUUAUUACAAUAUUAGUAGUACCAAUGUUUGCUGUUGUUGGGUAUCUUGCAAUAAAGAGAGGUCGGGAAGCUUGGAAGAACAGACAUUACAAAAGAAUGGAUUUCCUUCUUGAUGGAAUGUACAAUGAUUAGUUUUCAUUCUACAAUGUA